AUGGCCAAGAAGGGAGGAAAGAACAAGAAGAAGGGCGGCGCUAAGCCCGCUGCUGCCGCCGCCGUUGACAAGGUCGCCGAUGCGGCGAAGAACAUUGUCCACCCUGGCCACGAGACCGAGAACAAGGUUAUGUACGGAGAGGGCAAGACUGAGUCCGCUGAGAAGACAGAGGCGCCCACCGAGUCCAAGACCGAGGAGACCCCUGUCGCACCCGUGACCGAGACCAAGGAGGCCGAGAAGGAGACUGAGGUCGCGCCGGUCGUGCCGAAGGAGGAUGUGCAGGAGACUGCAGACAAGGCGCAGGCCUCCAAGACCGGUACUAUCGGCGAGCUCGACGGCGGCAACAAAGAGGGCACGGCUAUCCUGCCCGAGAGCAGUGUCAAGGAAACCUCGCUCGGGGCUGAGACCUACCCGUCCACCACAGAGGCUUCCGCCGAAGAAUCCGCCACCUCAACUGCUGCGACCACUGGCGCCGCUGCCACAACCUCCCUGCCUGUGCGCCCUAAGACCGAGACGACCGCCCCCGCCGUUGUCCCGUCGGAGACCGAUGCCGCGCACACCAAGCGCCCGUACGAGAAGCCCAUCUUCUCCAACGAUGACGUGAAGCCGCACAAGAUGGCCAAGACUGAGGAGGAGCAGGCUGCUGCUAGCGCUGCUGCGGGGCAGCACUUGGCUGGUGCUGGCCCUGCCUCCACGGCGGCGUACACCACCCCCGAGCCCGUUCCCGCCGUUGAGGCGCCCAAGAAGGCCGAGGGGAUUGUCGCGACUGAGACCACCCCCAAGACCGUUCCCGCCGUUGGUGCGCCCCAGAAGGCCGAGGAGAUUGUCGCGACUGAAACCGCCCCCAAGACCAUCGCGACGGAGACCGCCCCCAAGACCACCGCUGUUGAGGCCGUCCCCAAGACCACCGCCGUUGAGAGCAAGCCCGUUCAGAGCAAGACUAUCGACACCAAGGCUGCCGAGAGCAAGACUGACAGCAAGUCCCCUGCCUCGCCCGUCGCGGUGGCUGCGGCUAGCGCGGCCAUCAACAACUCCAAGACCGACAAGGCUGCGGCCGAGUCCGCCGAGCCUAAGAAGCCUGAAGCAGCCCUGAAGCGCGGCGAGGAGCCCCAGCCCCGGACCGAGGCACCCAAGGAGACUCCCGCGAUGGAGACUCCUGCCACAGAGUCUGCUCACCAGGAGCCCGCCAAGGCAGAGGAGGCCCAGACUUCCGAAACAGCAGAGCAGCCGGAGAAGAAGAAAGGCGGCUUCUUCGGGUGGCUGAAGCGGAAGUUCAAAUAG